AAUAACCUAACUUCAAAAUGCCCAUAAAAUUCGUUAAUUGUCAAAGUGCCAGGAAAUUUUGUUUUGCUUAUUGAACAAUUUUCAGAAUAUUACUCUGUUUUUUUACGCAUUAUUGUGACGUGCUAUACUCUGUGUAAUUGUCAGUUAUAAAAAUUAUACUUCUGACAAAUUGACAGUUAAUAAAUCAAUUGAAUUAUUCAACAAAAUAUCUCGCAAACCCGUACAUUUUUGUCAAUGAACUCAAUGAAUUAAAAUUGUUAUUUGCUGUCUUUAUUAUUACAAAUUUACAAAUUGUAUAAUUAAUUGACAUCAUGGAUCUCCUUGAUUCGAUUCUUAAUUCGAUGGAUAAACCUCCAAGUAUUAGUGAUAAGCAAAAGGCUCUAAUAAAAAAACAAAGAGAGGAGCAUGAAAAGUUUAAAAAAGCAGAGGCAGAAAAAUUGAAGAAUUUUCGAGAAGAGGUUGAAGCAAGAUUAAGCAAAUUUCUUAAAGAUGACUCUGCAAAAGAAUACAAAUUUCCUCCAAUGGAUAAAGUUUAUCGGACAAUAAUUCAUGACGUUGCUGAGGAAGCGAACAUUUGGGCAUAUUCAUUUGGCGAGGAAGGUAUCGACAGGUAUAUGAUACUUUUUAAAAGAGAACACGCUCCUUCCGAGGAUCAAAUAAGUACUUUACGAAAGGGUGAAGUUUGGAAUGAAGAAGUAGGAAAAAGACUGCAAGAAGAGAGGGAACGUUUGGCCAAAGAGACACUCGAAGAGGUUAAAACUCGAAAGGAGAGAAAUAAUUUUGUGCCUAAUAGUUUCUAUAAAGAUAAAUAUCAACAUUUAAUUGGCAAAGAAGCUGCUCUCGAAGCUGCUAGAAAAACCGAAGCAAACAGUAGUUAUGGAUGCGUUCCAAGCGAAAACAAAAGAGAUCAAAGGAGUAUAGAACAAACUCUAAAUGACAUUCGUGCAAAGAAACGAAAAUUAGAGGCUGCAAAUGAACAAAGUAAUUCAAAAGGUGAUGCAAAAUGAUGAAAAUAAACUCGAAACUAUUUCGUUAUUAUUCUACUCCGAAAUUUAUCAUUCGUUUCUCAUGAUCAGUUUCUUUCUUUUCUGAAAAGUAUUUAAUUUUAAAUUUAAUCAAGAAAACUCAAUAAAAUGCAUGAUAAAUCUCGGAAAAUUAAAAUAGACUUAAAUUUCGCGACAUUUUUCGAUCAGGUUGAAUCGAAUGAAGUUAAAUUUGGACCAGUUUAGUAAAUUAAGUUAUUAUGUCAUGUUUAGUGCAUUAAAAUUAAGUAUAUCUUUUAGAGAAGUAAGUUGGUUUUCUCGGAUUGUACGUUAAUUAAUAAUGUAAUUAAAUUAGGUUUGAUUUAUUCUCAUUAAUUCAUAUAUACAAUAGAUUAUAUUAACAUAUAUAUAUA